GAUGGGUCACUCCAACAUCUGGAACGCUCACCCCAAGAACUACGGCCCUGGUUCUCGCACUUGCCGUGUCUGCGGGGAUCCUCAUGCAAUCAUUAGGAAGUAUGGACUUAUGUGCUGCAGACAGUGCUUCCGCAGCAAUGCCAAGGAAAUUGGCUUCAUCAAGUACCGUUAAAUCUUCAAUAUGAGUUUCUACGAGGACCUC